GACCAGAGCAGGACACCCCCCCGCUCCCUCCUCCCCGCCUGGGCGAGCCGGCUGCGGGCUCCCCGCGGAGCUCAGCUUUGCCGCGGCGGCGGGGCCGGCUCCUCCAUCCCACGCAGCCCCUUCCCCGCGACUGCAGCCGCCCCCAAAGCGGCGUGGGCGGCGGGCCCGGCAUCGCAUCGCAUCGCAUCGCAUCGCAUCGCAUCGCCGCGCGGGGUCGGGAAAAGAUGUUGACGAUGCUUGCCCGCCCGCCCUGCGAACAGGCAGGCUUCCGAGUGCUCUCCAGAAGUCCAACCAUUGUUGCUUUGGUAUUCCUUCUUCUAAGCAUCAUUGUUAUUAUUGCUAUUACACUUAUUCAGAUCAACCGAAAAGAGGUCCUCUCUCCAGGACUGAAGUAUGGAAUAGUGCUCGAUGCCGGAUCAUCUCGGACUACUGUCUAUGUUUACGAAUGGCCAGCAGAAAAAGCAAAUGAUACUGGAGUAGUAAGUCAGACCUUCAAGUGCAACGUGAAAGGCCCUGGCAUAUCCAGUUAUGGGAAUAGCCCUCGAGAUGUUGCCAAACCCAUUGAUGACUGUAUGAAAAAAGUCAAGGAGAAAGUUCCAUCCAAUAUGCAUAAAAAUACCCCUGCCUAUCUGGGAGCUACUGCUGGAAUGAGACUACUGAGGUUGCAAAAUGAAACGGCAGCCAAUGAAGUCCUUGCAAGCAUUCAAAGCUACUUCACAACCCAACCCUUUGAAUUUAGGGGUGCACAAAUCAUAACUGGGCAAGAGGAAGGGGUGUAUGGAUGGAUUACAGCCAACUAUUUAAUGGGCAAUUUCGUGGAGAGAAACCUUUGGAGGACAUGGAGCCAUCCUCAUGGAGCAGAGACCACAGGUGCACUUGAUCUAGGAGGAGCCUCCACACAAAUAUCCUUCAUCCCAGAGGACACCCUGAAGACUUCCAAUAGCACAUUGCAAGUGCAUCUGUAUGGUUAUGAGUACAGUGUAUACACCCACAGCUACCAGUGCUAUGGGAGAGAUGAGGCUGAGAAGAGGCUCUUAGCAUCACUAUUGCAGAAUUCAAGAGACAAGUCCAAGAUUGAUAAUCCUUGUUAUCCUCAGAAUUAUGAAACUGUUUUAACAAUGAAACACGUGUGUGGAAGCCUUUGCACGCAGUCUCUAAGACCAGCAAAUUACAACCAAGACCAGCUCAUACAUUUCAGAGGAACCGGAGACACUGCUCUCUGCCAGGAGGUGGUGUCCUUAUUGUUUAACUUCACUGCUUGCAAUGACAAGGAGGACUGUUCAUUUAAUGGAAUCCAUCAGCCAAAGGUUAAAGGGAAGUUUGUGGCCUUUUCUGGAUUCUAUUAUACAGUAAAUGCUUUGAAUUUAACUGGACAGUUUUCCCUUACUGAUUUUAAUUCAAGCAUGUGGCUUUUCUGUUCACAGAACUGGAACCAGCUUCAGUAUAUGCUGCCUAAAUUUGAAGAAACCUAUGCUAGAUCCUACUGCUUUUCAGCAAACUUUAUCUAUUACCUGCUUGUACAGGGAUACAAAUUUAGUGCAGACACCUGGCCUCAAAUACAUUUCCAAAAAGAGGUUGAUAACAGCAGUAUAGCCUGGUCACUUGGUUACAUGCUGAGUCUCACCAACAUGAUUCCAGCAGAGAUCCAGCUGAUCCACUUACCCAUGAACCCCUCUGUGUUUGCUGGACUCCUCCUUUUCUUCACAGCACUGACAGUGCUGUGCCUCAUCUUUCUUGUUUACUUGUGUAUUGUGUCACGUAUGCAAAAGAACAUCGGUCAUGUUGAUCACGUACUUGCUGCAGAAUGAACAGACUUAAUGAGAGCUGAAGGCAAAAACUUCCUCUUCGAAGAACUUUAUUUUAGAAAAUCAUGGGAGAAAUAAAAAAUAAAAAACAAAUCCAGAAACAAAAGUGGAAUUCAGAACAAAAAUCAAGAAAACUCUAUGACAAAAUAUUGGAUUUGUCUUGAGAAAUCUAAACCGUUGUUUCUGUAUACAGUGCAACAGUUGAGUCAUCAGCAGAUUCUCUGCUUUGUUUGUUAAGCAUUUGGGAUUAAACAAGCCUGAUCACAGGAGACUUUUGUGCAAAAUUAAUAGACUUACCUGUUUAACAGUGCUAAUCAUUCCAAGGUACAAGCAAGAAGACAAAAGAAGAUAGCAACAAUACCUGUAUAGUGCCAGAACUGAGAGAGAAGCUCAUUCCUUAAACUGGUAGGGACCUUGGAUGAUGAUUACAAGGUGUAACUGCAAGGAGCAUUGUACGAAAAAAUACUGUUUUCAUUACCAUUUAGAACACAACAGAAGAUGUAGCCCACAAGGUAAAGCUGAAUUAUUAAACUCCCUUUAUUAAUAUUUAUGAAUUUUAAAAAACCCAACCCCAAUACUGGGUAUUCCAGUGGAAAUAUCAGAGCUAAGGUAGACUAAGAUUUUCCCUUACAGCAGAUUGAAUCCCUCUCACAUUUUUAAUAUCUAACCUGAUUCUCCAAAGCAUGCUACAAUAAAUCUUCAGAGGGCAGUUUAAUUUUCUGUCAUUUUUAACUAACGUUUAGAGAGGAAACAUUUUAAAAAUGUUCUUUUGUUGAAAUAUUGACUUUUUUUCCAUCACUUGCUUAGGUCCAAAACAACCAUAGCCUGCCCGAACUUCACAUUUAGCUGUCAUUCAGAUCAUUUGAAUACUAUCAUGAACAAAAGACCCUUUUGAAAUGGUAAUAUUAAUGCACCAAAAAUCAUUCUCCUCACUGAGGGUUGAGAGGGUACGGAUCCAAGUUGUGAGGAGAGAGAGACGCAUUAAGUGAGUAGGAGUGUGGGAGUCUGGUAGUGUGAGCAGAUCUUUGGGGAAACAGGGUGGGAGGUUGCAGAGAGGAAGAAAAACCUGGAAAGUAAAAGGCAUAUGUGUGCAGAGGCCUGAAACAUAUGGAUGGAGGCUGGAGUGGAGCUAGUUGUCCAAGGCAACAGUGUCAUAGGUAGCCCCUCAAGUGAUGGUGCCUCAACACAGACAUUUUGCUCUUCUGCCAUUGGUGCUCGGCAGUGGUGCACCAGGCAAGUAGUCAAAUGUUUCUGUGUGAAGACUAGCUUAAAGGCUUCAUCCAUACUGUUACUGUAGCGCUCUAAGGAGCUUGCCUCCACAAAGCUUAGGCCUCCUAGACAAUGCUGAUUUUCCAUCUACCCAAGUCUCCAGCCGAAACCUUCUUUCUUCACACCCCAGAGCAUCCAACGUACCUUGCUUUAACCCUGCUCCUUCUACCACUUGAACCCUGCCACUCUGCCCUGUGCUGUAGGAGCCCUUCAAGCCCAGUGCCUCAACAUGAAAACACUUGGCUUCUUCCACCCAUACGUAACUCCUACCUUUCAAGCCAUGCAUCCAAAAGAAACACUGGUAAAGCUUUUCUCCCACAUCUUUAGUCACUCCCAAUUCCCUGCACUUUCACAUUAAAUUUCCCUUAUUUUCUUUUGGCACAAUGUGCACCAGCAUCAUGUGCAGCCCUGGGGGAAGGGAUACAGGAAAAAGGCAUGCAGAGCAGAAGGAAGGGGUGUGUCCAUUGGCAUAGGGAAGGUGCUCCUCUCAUCUUCAUUUUUCAUCCCUCCCCAUCAUACCCGGCCAAAUUUUCCUAUACUCCCCAAAGUUCUGUUUACCCACUGUGCUCCCAAACACCUCCCCAUCACCCACCCAAGACUCACAAUGGCCCCAUGCCCUCCUUGUACCCCACUUCUCCUUGGGAUACUACUUGGAACACAUCCUCAAUACAACAUACUCACCUGGGCAUUAUCCACACCAUGCACUAUUCCUGUCAUUAGAGCCAAUCUCUUCUGUGUUUUUUAUAAUAGAACCUGUACAUGAGGGAUGUAUUUUUUAAUACGUGCAUAUACAAGAAAAAUGCAAGCUACAUCAGGACAAUGAAUUUCCUACCCUGUGUAGAAAUGUGUUAAUUCCUUCUCUACCUCCAUCUGUUUACAUCUUUCAUGAAUAUUUAAGCUGGAAAGAGGUCAGUAGGUAGCAUUAUCACGCUUAGUGUUUUCUAUUUUUUGUUCCUUAUCUCUAAUUUCUUUUUUUGUUUAUACACUUUAAUUAAAGGCCCAUUAGAUGAGUUUAAAAAUGAGCUGAAUUGCCUUUUAUUUGACAUACAAUGAUCAAAGAUCACGUUUUUUCCCACAUUUUCCUAGUGAUGAGGGUUUUCUCCUUUUUUCCAACACCAAAGCAGGAAACUACUACCCUUAAGGCAGUCUUAAUUAGCUCUCCAGCAGUGCCACCCAAAUGUUACACCACUAUUUCUGACUUGGGAGGUGACAUGCAUGGAGAAACCUGGUGUGCUUGAACAUGCUACUGCCUGGCGCAGUAGAUUUAUGAUGCAGAUGUGCUUUCAGUGGAGCGGCAGUACUGACAACUCAGCCACUUGCUAACAUGACAAUUUUGUCCAGAUGUCCUCAGUCUUUAAUGGAUUCCAGAACUUCUACAAACUUUAAUACGGUGGAACCCAGGUCAUUCAUAUCUCUAUAGUUCACCAGCUACUUGAUUUGCAGUGGAUUGAAGAAUUAAGAAUGGGUUGCUCAGCAGUUUGCUUUAACUUUUACUUCAAAGGACAUUGCUUCUCUGACCAGCUGGAGCUUGUUUGCAGUGGGCUGCAGGGAAAGCUGUAGGAAACAGCUGGAGUGCCUCGGUGGUCCUGCACAGUUGUUUGCUGCAGCUCUGUAUGCUUCCAGAUACUUCAAAUACCCUCAUCCUUGCAGGUGGGUUAGGAAGCUAACCCUGCAAAGUCUCUGGCUUCUGCCAUAGUGGUCUGUAAAUACCCCUAGAUUCUUGUUACCUUUGUUAAUGAAGAAAAACCCCAUCAAUCUGGAGUUCUCCUGAAAGUGUGGGAAGGGGAUUUAUCACCACGACCUUGGAAAGAAUCCCAGUGACAGAGCAUAUUACAUAAUGUUAAAAUCGCCUCUGUGGAUCUUGGACUAUGCUUGAAGCAGUCAAAGAUUUUAUUUAAAUGGUAAUGGCUACCAUGGAAGUUGCACAAAAUAGAAGCCUCAUUCUCUGCUGUUUGUUGACAUCAUAAGAAAGCAAAUGGGAGCCUGAUUCAUGGACUAUGAGACUUCCCCACAGUUAGGCAACUGUAGAAAGAGGUGGAUGGGAAAAUUAAGAUGGGCUUGUCUUCAACUGCCAAACUUCUGCUGAAAAAUUAUAUCUUAGCAUGUGUACCUCAUAAACCUGAGCUUGACUUCACAACAGACUUUAUUUCUUGACAGCUCCAGUGAUUUUCAAGUGCAUGAUUUUCCACAGGUGGAAAAGUAGUUUAUGUCCAGGAUAGAGGAAUAGUAUUUAUCCUUGUCUAAACUGGUACCUAAAACUAGUUUAUUGCUGUAGAGACAGAUCUUGUGAAUUCCAAGAAAUUUGGACCUGGUUUUUAGAUACAUUUGGAUAAAAGCUGCUGUGACUGCUCAAAGAACAGCAGAUCCCUCUUCCACCAUACCCACUUUCCUUCUCCCUCUGCUCCCAGUCAGUUCCUCCCCCUAUUUAUGUACAUCUCUAUUUGAUUACUGUAAUACCUACUUUAACGUAUUGUAUUAUGUAGUAUUGCCUGGUCUUGUAAGCUUUGAGAAAUCAUAGAACUGCAUAAAUGCUGAAUUCUAUUGGAGAUCCAGUGAAGCGUGCAGGAUUAGGAACAUAUUUAUAUAUGCUGUAAGUUAUUUCAUUUUUGUACUUUUUAUUGUCUGUUUCUUUAUGAAAUAAAAAUUAAUUAUAAAAAAGAGAAAAGCAA